AUGGCCGAGAGCAGACAACUUGGCAUUGGGAUCGGAAAGACAGAAUCAACUCCAGUUUGCAACUCGGUGUACGGUGCAGAAGAUGGUGAUACUUGCAUCAGUGUUGCUCAGAAAUUCAACUUGUCAUCCGACUUCUUCCUUAAGAUCAAUCCUAAUAUCAACCGUGAUACCAUUUUCGUGGGUCAAUGGCUUUGCACUGAUGG